AUGGCCACCUCCACAGGCACUGGAUGGACUCAGCUCCGCCAACAGGCUCGUUCCUUAGAGACUCAGACGGAAAGUCUCUUCCACAGCUACUCGCAAUAUGCGUCCAUGUCUCGGUUACCACCGAAGCCCUCCGAGGAGGAGCAACGGCUUGAAGGGCAGAUCAAGGACCUUCUUGAGAAGCGCGAAGCUCUAAUCUCACAGCUCUCCCGCCUUCUCGACUCCGAGGCAACCCUCACCUCAUCCGCCCUCAAACAGAAUAACCUCUCCCGCCAUCGCGAGGUGCUUCUUGAUCAUCGUCGCGAGUUCCAGCGUCUCUCGUCUGCGAUCGCAGAGACCCGGGAUCGCGUGAACUUGCUCAGCAACGUUCGCUCUGACAUCGACGCAUAUCGGUCCGCCGCCAACCCGGGCGCUGCGGAGGCCGACUACAUGCUCGAGGAGCGUGGCCGUCUCGAUAACAGUCAUAAUAUGAUGGACCGCGUGCUGAGCCAGGCGUAUGCCGUCAACGAGAAUUUCGGGUUGCAGCGCGAGACCCUGGCCAGUAUCAAUCGGCGCAUCAUUGGCGCUGCGGCCCAGAUGCCCGGCGUCAAUAGUUUAAUCGGUAAAAUCGGAGCCAAACGGAGACGUGAUGGUAUUAUCCUCGGCGUUUUCAUUGGGUUCUGUUUUCUGAUGUUACUGUUCUUCCGGUGA